GUAAAGGGCCGUCCUGUCGCGCACGUUGACAUUGGGACCGUAAUCGGCGCUACACCGCUGCUGUAAGAGGUGUUGUUACCCUCCAUCCCGUGUGCCGACCAGGACACAGACGAGAGGUCAGUUCAUAACCUUCGGACUGUGGGCGCAAUGGGAGCCUCGGUGUCCACACCUGUGACCCCCACGGUUAAGGCCGAUUCAGUAAUGUUGAGUCCACCUCAGGGUGCCCCCGUGCACCAGGAACCCCAACCUGUCAAAGUGUCUCCACCUGCAGAGUGUCCCAUGCACCAAGCCCAGCCUGUCAAUGUUUCUCCACCGUCGGAGUGUCCCAUGCACCAAGGACCUGCCUCAGCACAAGCAGCUCCAGCCCACCAAGACCGGGCAUAUGAGUUUGUAGAAUGCCCUAUGAAAGGAGCAGCAGGCAGCAGGACUGACGUUGACCCAGCAAAUAUGAUGCCUCCUCCUAACCAAGUGCCGGCUCCAGACCAGCCCUUUACCCUGGCUCUCUCAAGAGAGGAAUCCAAGAUACCCCGGCAUGGUUCAGGCAAGAAAUGGGUCUACCCCUCUGAACAGAUGUUCUGGAACGCAAUGCUACGAAAAGGGUGGCGCUGGCGUGAGGAUGACCUGGGUCCUCAGGAUAUGACAAACAUCAUUAAAAUCCACAAUCAGAACAACGAGCAGGCAUGGCAGGAGAUCCUCAAGUGGGAAGCCCUCCACGCAAAUGAAUGUCCAUGUGGCCCUUCAUUGAAACGGUUUGGGGGUAAAGCCAAAGAAUACUCCCCGAGGGCACGUUUUCGGCAUUGGAUGGGCUACGAGCUGCCUUUUGAUCGCCAUGACUGGAUCAUCGACCGCUGUGGGAAGGAGGUGCGCUACGUUAUUGACUACUACGAUGGUGAAAUCAAUAAGGACACCUACGAGUUCUCCAUCUUGGAUGUGCGACCUGCCUUUGACUCUCUGGAAGCUGUGUGGGACCGCAUGAGGGUGGCCUUCUGGCGCUGGACUUCUUAAAGGACGCAUACAAAAAUAAGGCAUAGACAAACUUGCGGCUCACUGGACUGGGCACCAUGUGCAUCUUAAACACCCCAUCGACAUGCUUUAUAAGCAGGGGUCCCCCAGGUCUGCUCUGUGGGCUGGGAGGUCCUGUGAAAAGAAACAAGGCAAGACACAUGAAGAAAAUUACAAAAUCAGGAGAAGUCACGCAAUCUGUAAAAUGUACAAUAUUCAGAACGCAAAUUCACCUAGUUAUCAUAUUGACCCAUCACAUGAAGAUCUGCUGUUGUUUGUAGUGUGACACCCACCGUGGCGUGGCCUACAAGACACUGGUCUGCCCGGCUCAAACCAGCUCUCUGUAGUCUGUGUAAUCCCAUCUAUAGUAGGUAGAAUGUGCUCCGCAUAAGCAAACCCAUUUGAAUGUUUUAAAUGUGGGAGGGCCACUCUUUCAGGAGCACGGGGAGGUGUACUUGCAUACAUUGGGAAAAAGCUUUCGUUUUUAAUUCUUUGCUUAAACAGAAAAGCGAGGAGGACUGCUUUAAACAGACUGGAUGUGUGUUCACCCUGCUGUACCGUCACCUCGCCGAACCUUGUCUGUCUGCCCCUGUACAACAUGGUGCCUGUGAGACAGGUUUCUCCUGCAUCAUGGAACAGAUUCUUUUCUUUUUUUUGCCCCCCCCCCCCUUUUUCUUUUUCUCAACAAUUGUACUUGGCCAGUUACCCUAUUUUCCGAGCCAUCCCGGUCUCUGCUCCACCCUCUCUGCCGAUCCAGGGAGGGCUGCAGACUACCACAUACCUCCUCCGAUACAUGUGGAGUCACCAGCCACUUCUUUUCACCUGACAGUGAGGAGUUUCACCAGGGGGACGUAGCGCGUGGGAGGUUCACACUAUUCCCCCCAGUUCCCCCUCCUCCCCAAACAGGUGCCCCAACUGACCAGAGGUGCUAGUGCAGUGACCGGGACACAUACCCACAUCCGGCUUACCACCCGCAGACACGGCCAAUUGUGUCUGUAGGGGCGCCUGACCAAGCCAGAGGUAACACGGGGAUUUGAACCGCCGAUCCCCAUGUUGGUAGUCAUGGAACAUAUUCAGCGUGGUAGAAGUGAGUCCCUUGGUGGUUUGAGCCAGGUAAACUGAGCUGUCUUCCUGUCUUCACCAGGACUUCCUCUUGCUGAUGCUUUGGCUCACUUUAACCAGGGUUGGCUGUCCUCUAGUCGGCCUGUCAGCCACUGUACUGUGCAUUUGGUCUUAUUAUGUUGCUUAAUAGAAACCCAUUUUACCAUGUUCUGGUUGUACCAUUUGGUAAAUAGCAGUCUAAGAAAAGUGCAACAGACGGUUGAAACUUAAGUUUACCUUCAUUAUUAUGUUUGCUGAAAUGUAGCAGCGAUCCUCAUUGUUAUUUGUGCUGGUCAGAUUACCGUGUGAUGCACGGCACCAUGUGAGACAGCUUAUCUGGUGCUACAAGGACGAGAGAGCAGUGAGGUGCAUUGUGAAAGGGACGGAGCGGUUGUUCCCACUCCUCUUUCAGUCAUCGUUCAGCCGGUUUGGUCUUCUGUUGAACGAUCCUACAUCUUAAAUACUGAUGUCAGUGGUUUGGGAAGAGGUUAAGCUGAAAAGUCAAUAACAAGUGCAUAUUAUUAUAGAUUAUUUUGCAUAAGACAUGUAUUUUUGUUAAUAGUUCCAGGAAAAGAAGUGCUGUGAAACGGCAGCAGUGCAGAAUAUGUAGUUGUAGCCAUCGUUCAACUGUGUGUGCCUGUUUCUGCAUGACAGUACAAUGGUUUUGUUUGUGUGAAGAUGUGUCAUACGUAAAACAAGUUAUACUGUUGCCGCUUUUGUAGCACAAAUGCUUUGAAAUUGUGCUUUUUUGCUGUUGUUUGUCGAGAAAUACACAAAUUACCAGUCUACAGAAACCCAUGUUCAUGAACCCAACCAGAAUAAAGGUGUUCACUUCCACUGCUGUCCCUACA